UCUUUUCCUGUUUUUAGAAAAAAAUAAUCAUCUUUUGGGUUUUCUUUGCCCUUCUUUUUACCUUCUUCUUUGGUAAAUUUGAAAUUUCUCAAGCCCUAUUCCUUUUAAUUCUUUCACCUCUCUUAACUGGAAGCUUCCUUUCAAUUUAUUUCUUUUUCCUGAUUUUUUGAAAAAAAAAAUCAUCUUUUGGGUUUUCUUUGCCCAUCCUUUUACCUUUUUCUUUGGUAAAAGCUUGAAAUUUCUCAAGCCCUUCAAGAAAUAUUCUGUAUGUUUUUUUAAGAAAUCUCUCUCUCUCUCACAUACACUCUGUCUCACACACUCUCUCUCUACCCCCAUCAAAAGUCCUUUCUUUCUCUAGAAUAAAGGCCUGGACACUUGGUUAUGCAAUCAACAGUUAAAGAACAGAGGUAUUUUUCCUUUUUUGGGUUCCAAUUAUUUGAAAAAAAUUAUAUAUUAUACUUUGUGGGUAAAAAGUUCAGAGCAUUAAUUUGCUAAACCACGUGGUUUCUGCUUUCUCUCGCUGUAUUUAUGUAUAUUAACUUUUGAAUGUUGUCUCUGGUCCUUAUCCAUUGUUCUCUCUGAAUACCUCCAAAUCUAGAAAAUAUUCACAAUUCUUCAAUUGUUUACAAAUUUCUACCUUGUUUACGAAGAAUAUGCACAUCUGGAGGUUUCUUUAGCCGUUGAAAGCCUGACAACUGUCCCCUUUCUCUCUCUAUUUAUCCCCCUCUCUCUCUCCUAACCUUUUUAUCUUCACCUUUUACUGGAUUCCAAAUUCCCAACUGUUUUUUACUUUUUCCAAGUUUUAUUUAUCUCUGUAACAUUUAUUCAAAUUAGUAGAUCACAUGGUUCUCGUAGUAUCUACCUUUACUUCUUUUGUCUUCUCCUUGCGAUACCUGUAAAGAACAGGCACCCUGAAAGCAACAUCAGGACUGUGGCAUCAGCCUUGGAUAGCUUUUCUAUCGGUGGGUUUUCCUGGAUUUGAACCCAGGACCACAUUGAAAGUUUUUUAGUUUCACCUGGUUAUCUGAAGACUUAUGCCUGUUGGUCUCAGUCUUGUCCCCAUUUCAGGUAUUGGAUUUUUGUCAAGUCUUGAGGCUCUGUGGCUUUGCAAAUCUCACACCCAUCUACUGUCAUUGGGUGAUCAAUAUUCAGUUAACUGAGGGUUUACCUGAACAACUAAGUACGAGAUUGAGAUUCUGAUGCAUAAUUGAUUAGAACUCAAGUUCCAUCAUGGUUGCCACUGUGGCUUUUUCCUCUGCAUUUCUCCCAGUCGGGUCUUCUCUCUCUGCACAAAACUCCUCUGCAUCAUCCAAUGGCAAGGCUUCAAUGGCACUCGGUGGGAAUUCGAAGCCUGUUUCCUAUGGUGGUGUUCAGGCCAAGGCCAAUGCUCAGGCCCCUCCUAAGAUAAAUGGUACCAAAGUGGGUUUGGGUUUGAAAGAAGCUCAAGAUGAAGAGGUCUCUUCUUCUUCACCUUCUCCUACCCAAUCCAAGACCUUCAUUAACCAGUUGCCUGAUUGGAGUCUUCUUCUCACUGCCAUCACAACCAUCUUCUUGGCGGCUGAGAAGCAAUGGACAAACCUUGACUGGAAGCCGAGGAGGCCGGAGCUUGUUGAUGCAUUUGGGUUUGGAAGAAUUGUUCAGGAUGGGCUUGUGUUUAGCCAAAAUUUUUCAAUCAGGUCGUAUGAGAUUGGAGCGGAUAAGACAGCGUCUAUAGAGACGCUGAUGAAUCAUCUGCAGGAAACUGCCCUCAACCAUGUUAGAUGUGCGGGCCUCCUUGGGGAUGGUUUCGGUUGUACACCAGCGAUGAGUCGAAGAGAUCUUAUAUGGGUGGUCACUCGCAUGCAGAUUCUGGCUGAUCGCUACCCAUCUUGGUAUGCUGCAUCCACCCUAAAUUAUUUUCUUCCUAAAAAUGGAAAUAAUAGCUGAUCCUCUGACAAAAUUGUAGCUGAAUUAAUUUCUCUCUCUCUCUCAUGUAGUGUGUGGGUGAUGAUGAACAAGCGGACCAGGCGAUUAUCAAAGAUGCCAGACGACGUGAGAGCAGAAAUAGGGCCCUAUUUCAUUGAGCGUUCUGCCGUCAUGGAAGAGGAUGGUAGGAAGCUGCCGAAGCUCGAUGAUGGCACUGCUCAUCACGUGCGCACAGGCUUAACUCCAAGGUGGAGUGAUUUGGACGUGAACCAACAUGUCAACAAUGUUAAAUACAUAGGCUGGAUCCUCGAGAGUGCACCAGUCUCCAUUCUCGAGAGCCAUGAGCUAGCAGGCUUGACACUGGAGUAUAGGCGCGAAUGUGGAAAGGAUGAUGUGCUUCAGUCCCUCACAUCUGUCACCGACCAAGGGGAGGACGAAGGCGGUGGCAUGGAAUGCGAGCACCUUCUUCGCCUUGAGACGGGGCCCGAGAUUGUGAAGGGAAGGACCGCCUGGCGCCCUAAGCAAUCAGCCUCAAAGUCCUCCUAGAGAGGAAGUGAAGACAGAAGAGAGAAACUGCUAGAGAGAAGCAUGAAGAUGGCGAGGAGCAAUCCUAAUUCGAGGUUUGCAAUGCAAUCCUCGAAUUUUUUACAUCAUAGAUGCCCUUGAUGUUUGCUAUUUUUUUAUUCUGUUCCUGUAAUCUGUCUUCUACAUUUUUUUUUUUCUCGAGUAUAAUACUUUUCUUUUUGGGUUUUUGGUUUUUAUUUUAGUAGAAGUGGAGUUUCCAAAUGUAAUUAGUGCUUUACGUAAGUACAUAUUUGGGGUGUCAUAUGGUGUUUGAUGGCGGGUGGACAAGGGUAGUUAAGUUUAUGUCAUAUUUCUGCUUGGAAAUGAGAAGGGAAGUUUGAAUUGGUGGCAUUUCUUAUUCAUUUUGUAAAUAACAAAGAAGUUCCCAGUUCUGUGCC